AUGCCAAUAGAACAUAAAGAUCAAGUUUCAUGCGCAGUGAAAGACCAGCAUUAUUUCCAUUUGACUAAUGGGCGACAUCCACAAGAAUUCUUAAAUCAAAAAUCGAACGAGUGGAAUUUAUCACUACACAAUAAAGAGUAUGCUACAAAAAUGGAUGAACACGAUCCAAUUGGUGAUAUGAGAAAGCAUUUCCACUAUCCAAAAUUGAAUGAUCUCCCAAACGUGGAUAAAAGUAGGGUGAAUCCAGAUGAUGAAUGUACGUAUUUAUGUGGUCAGUCAUUAGGCUUGAUGCCAAAACGGGCAGAAAAUUAUGUUUUAUCAUCAAUGAACGAUUGGGCAAAAAUUGCCGUCUAUGGUCAUUUUUUGGGUAGUAAUCCAUGGGCGAAAUGUGAUUAUCCUUGCAUACCACAAAUGAGUUUAUUAGUCGGCGGACAUAUGAAAGAGGUUGGGGUUAUGAAUCAAUUGUCAACAAAUUUACAUUUCAUGAUGAUGUCAUUCUAUCAACCGAAAGGCAAUAGAUACAAAAUUUUGUAUGAAGAACGAGCAUUUCCGAGCGACCAGUAUGCAAUUAAUUCACAAAUUGAAUUACGUGGUUAUGAUCCGAAUGAGUCGAAAGUAAUCGUAAAAUCAAGAGAGGGUGAAACCUAUAUUCGAACAAAAGACAUUCUUGAUGUGUUAAAACGUGAAGGUGAAUCGAUAGCUUUGAUAUUAAUAGGAGGUGUUCAUUAUUACACCGGACAAUUGUUCGACAUUGAAACAAUCACUCGUGCUGCACAUGAACAAGGCUGCUACAUCGGCUGGGAUCUUGCUCACGCGGUCGGUAAUAUACCAUUGAAAUUGCACGAGUGGAAUGUUGAUUUUGCAGUGUGGUGUACAUAUAAGUAUUUAAAUAGUGGAGCAGGAUGCAUUGGUGGAUUAUUCAUUCAUUCAAAUCAUUUUCAAAGUAAAUUAUUCAAACUGAAUGGAUGGUGGGGAAAUCGUGAUUCUACCAGAUUCGCUAUGGCUGAUGGUAAAGAGUCUGUUCUUAUCGAUACUGAAUUGGGGGCGAACGGAUACCGCAUUUCAAAUCCAUCGAUACAUCAAUGUGCUACUCUGGCUGCCAGUCUUGAAGUAUUCGAAGAAGUUGGGAUCGAGCAGUUACGGUCUAAAUCAAUUAUAUUAACACAGUAUCUACAAUACUUGCUUGAUACCGAAAUUAACAACGAUAGUGUCUGUACGUUUAAAACUUUAACCCCAACUGAUCCUCGACAACGUGGCGCACAAAUAUCUAUAAGACCAAAUGAAAUAACAGCACAACAAUUACAUGAUGAAAUGGAAAAAACUGGAGUUGUUAUUGACAUUCGUGAUGAUAUAAUUCGAAUUGCACCUGCUCCAUUAUACAACAGUUUCUAUGAUGUUUACAAAUUUAUAACAAUUUUAAAAGAAGCAAUAAUCACCAUUAGAGCUCUCCGCUUGAAACAUUAA